AAUUAAAAAAGGGCUAGGGUUUUGUAGGCGCUGAUGAUAUAAGAAGGAUCCUUAUCUUCUCGUUUCGUUUCUCUUCACAGUGAGGCUUACUCUGUCCUAAAUCACUCAGCUUAAUCCAACGUCACAAAGAUGAAUCGUGAAAAGUUGAUGAAGAUGGCUGGUUCAGUUCGAACUGGUGGAAAGGGUACUGUCAGAAGAAAGAAGAAGGCCGUCCACAAGACAACAACUACAGAUGACAAAAGGCUUCAGAGCACCCUUAAGAGAAUAGGGGUGAAUGCCAUCCCUCAAAUUGAGGAGGUCAACAUCUUUAAGGAUGAUGUUGUUAUCCAGUUCUUAAACCCCAAAGUUCAAGCAUCCAUUGCUGCUAAUACAUGGGUUGUUAGUGGUGCUCCUCAAACAAAGAAGUUGCAGGAUAUACUCCCUAGCAUUAUUCACCAAUUAGGACCAGAUAAUUUGGAAAACCUGAAGAAAUUAGCCGAGCAGUUCCAGAAGCAGCCUCCUGAAGCAGGGGCUGGUUCAACCGCUGCACAAGAAGAGAAUGAUGAUGAUGUUCCAGAGCUUGUUCCAGGAGAGACUUUUGAGACAGCUGCUGAGGAGCCUAAGGAUAGUUAGAGAGUGUUAUUGUGCCAUCUCUGUUUUUUCAACAAAAAAAUAUUGAUUUUCAAAUUUAAGUAUUUCAGGUUGUUUAGUUCUCCUGUCAUAUACUUUAAACAGUCCGAAUACUUGAAUUGAAUCUGCUUUCCUUCAUCUUAUUUGAAGUACUACUACUCGGACUUCAUGUCUUCUGGUAUUGCAAUGUAUUUCAGGAAGUGCGAUGACAAUAAGGUUUCUCAUAAUUGGUUGAAGAAAAAAAAUAUUUAGACACAA